AUGAAAUGGGACAAAUUUUAUGGUUGAUAAUUUUGUCUAGGCUUCAUUUGGUUAUUAUAAAUUGGGAUAGUUUAGCGUAAAUUGGACGGGUUUUAAAUUAUCCCCCACUGUUUUGGAAGCAAGUCAAGGCAACCCCGAUGAAAUGAAACCAAAAAUUAUCGGUACACGGCCACGUUCACUUUUAAACACCCGACCAGUUUUUGACACUGCUUUUUGAGAAAUGGCCUCCACAGUGACCACAGAUGCUCAUGGAGUCAGGGUGGUGACCCAGGUCAUUCCUCUGGUGAGUCCAGAGACUGUCCAGUGUCCCGGUCAGAACAAAGACAGCAAGACUAAAGUACCUGAAGCCCCGUACAUGACCAGGAUGUUCCUGAAGGGAGAGCCUGUAGCAUUAGGGACUGUGCAGAUCAUGAUUGGGAUCGUGAUGAUAGCUUUGGGAGCAGUUACUUGGUUCACACAAAUUCUGUAUGGUGAAAUCCCUCUGGGCCUUGGACUAUCAUUUAUCUUCUCUGGAUCUGUAACCUUGGGUGCACACAAGGGAACCUGUCCUCCAAUUAUUAAAAGCACAAUUGCCCUGAACAUCAUCAGUGCUCUACUUGCCAUGUCCGGCAUCUGCUACUUCUGCUUUGCACUUGCCAUAAAAGCUCAUUUGGAUGCUUGCAAUGAUGAUGAUGAGAAAAAGUUCUACUACACCGGCUACUAUGACUGCCAGUUUGCAGCUAGGCGUCUGCAGGACUUAAUAAGCGGAAUAAAGGGCAUACUUUUGAUUUUAUCCGUGCUGGAGGUGUGCGUGUGUACCACAACAGUUGUCUUUUCCUGCAAGGCCAACCUACAUGCAUCUGGGACUAAAAUGGAUGCGGUGGUGGUGCAGGGAAGAUGCAGCAGCCAAGAAGCUCUGCUGAACAGUGAAUUGGCUUCACCUCCAGCCUAUGAGCCUUGAGUGAACCCAUCCUAUGAAAGCAAUUUAUGGUUUAGAGUACAGUAUAGUAUAACAUAGUUUAAAGUAGUGCUUGCACCUUUUAGACACUAAUGUAAGAGUCUCAGAUAUUACACUUAAUUUUUUUCAUGUAUUCUGCUUUUGACGUUGCACCUUUGCACAAAUUUAUGCCACAUUGAAAAUGCCUGCAGUUAUACUGAAUACUUGUAUUCUUCAAUAAAUGCUAAAGUGCACUUA